UUACGGGGAAUCAAUCACAUGCCAACCUUCCACCACUCACUGCUUAGUUGUCUCACUAUCUCUUUUAGAUCCAUUUCCCUAAUUUCUUUGUCUUCAUCUUCUCAAAAAGGCUUAUUUUACUGCAGUCAGGAAUCUUCAGCUCACUCAAGCACACACACAGGCAUGUUCCUAUAUAAGUGAAGGUAUAAAAAAUAUCAAGCACAACAUGCAGGUUAGCUUUGUUGAGCUUGACAUUAUCAUAUAAUGAGAUGUGUGGAGUUCACAUCAAAGCUUAUGUUCACUCUUGAAUGAAUGUAGCAGACAUUCCACAAGCUCUUCAGGGUAACACAUGAACAAGCUAGAGAACAUACAUCCAUCCCUGCCACAUAAAACAACAGUAAUGCUACAGGGAGAGAGAUAAUUUUGUUGAAGUAUAGUGGGAAUCGUCGAAGAUCAGAAAGGGUCAGAGAGAGAGAUAGAUUUGGUUUAAAAUAUUCCUGGCCAUUUGCAUUUUUAUGCAGAAAAGAUGUUGCAAAAGCUUGCUUCUACAGCACACUUUAUCUGAAAAGGAUUAAUAGCUACAACAGUAGACAGCAGCAUUGCAUACGCUCUAGGAAGAUGAAGCAAGAAGAGACUGCUGCACGAGGACAAGUCACGAGUAACAAAGUGGAUCCAGCUGCUCAUGCUGGUAAUAAAAUUUUACCAGUGAGUGACACGACAUUGUCGUCCUCAGCCAGCACAAAUGAAAAAUUUAGCACGUUGGAGAAGAAAGAAGUUAAAAAAGGAGAUAAAGCCAAAGUCAUAUCGAGGAUGAAGGAACUAUUGAGAUGGGCUGCCGCUGCAAAAUCUGAGAAAGCAGGAAAAUAUAUCGGCCGGAAGGUUCUGCAACUUAGAAGCCGAGCAACCCUUAAAUCAGUACCAGAUGAUGAAGAACUCAGCAUCGAGUCUCCCAAGAUCAGUUUUAGAUGGGAUGUUGAAAGCUGCUCAACCACUUCCUCUGCCUACUCAGGCAUUUCAAAGGCUUCUUCCAAGAAUAUGGACCUCAACAUGCUGUCACUGAGUUCCACUCCUGUUCAUGACAGGAAGGGAAAUUGGAUCACAACAGACUCCGAGUUUGUGGUGCUAGAGCUAUGAAGAAAAAAGCCCAAGGAUGGUCAAUCUCCAUGGCAACUGAAUUGAAUCAACUUGUUCAAUUAGGCUUUGAAUCACAGCUAGAUUGUUUUUCUUUCCUUCUUUCGUUGUCUUUCCUUUAUUUUUCCUUUGAGAUAUUAGUCGAUUCCUUGUAACAAUAUCAAUGUAACAUGAUCUGAAAUGUGAUCAGCUUAUGUCUUGUUCCAAUUAUAGAGUUGUUGGGGUGA